AACGAACUCCAAAGCCCGGGCUUGUUUUGAUUGCGAAAUUUGUCUUUUUCCUCGUAUUUUUGUCGAUUUAUCUGUAAAAUAAGGAAAAAAUCUCGUCAAAUUCGGUUGUGAGACACUUGAGAGACGCGAUGGAACAGAACGAAAAUGCAAGUAAUGCCGCCAACACCGUCGCCGAGGCAGUUCUCAACAAAGAAUUACUCAAAAAAUUCAACUUUUGGGAAAAAGAUCGAUUGGAAUCCUUCAAAAAGUGGCCUUUUGACGACAAGUCGCCGUGUAACACUGCAAAAAUGGCUGAAGCCGGUUUCUAUUGGUGCGGCACUGACACUGACAUCGAUAGUGCUGCGUGUUUCCUGUGCAACAAACACCUGGACGGAUGGGAAAUCGACGAUGAUCCCUGGAGUGAGCAUUUUAAGCAUGCACCGCAAUGUCAGUUCGCAAAGACACAAAAGGCAGAGAAGGAUUUGACGGUCGAAGAAGUGCUGAAUAUUUUUGAGAUAAUGUUGAAAAAUAAUGUAGAGAGGAAGUUCACGGAAGAGAAAAAGAAUAUCAAGCAAGUCAUCGAUCAGAAACGAAAGGAAUUGACAAAGGCAAUGAUGCGCUAAGUGAAUUAUAUCGAACGAAAUAUGAGCGUUAUUUUUGUAAAAAUUAGGAUUUAAUAAACAUUUUGUAUCAAUCAA